GAUUUAGACCCAGAAUCCAGAGGACACGGGUUGUCCUGUCUUCACUCCCUCUGGGGAUCCUGCCCCUUCUGGAUCCACCACCCUCAGCUCUGAGAACAUAUACCCUUUCUCUUUCAAAACCAACCAUACUGAUUUUUCCCGGAUUCUUUACCCAGGAGAGCCACAUCUGAGGGGUGGCUUCUUCCUGACUCCACCUCCUUUCAGAGGGCACCUAUGCACUUAGAGGAUCAAACAUGAAGAGCAAAAAUGACAUUCUGUAGUUUUUCUCCCACUCACCUCUCUCUCUCUGUCUCUUUCCUUCCAUCCCUCCAUCUCUUCCUCCCUUUCUGCUGAAGAUGCAGACUCCUAAUCAUAAGACAAAUACCUGGCACUGCCAGUGGGGUGGGAGGGCUAGAAGGGCCCCCUGCACGCACACACACACACACUCGCUCGCUCAGAUUGACUUUCCCUUCCCUCCCCCCACCCUCAGACUCCCUCCCUAGCGGUAGGUGCUCAAGGAAUCACAAGGUUCUUGGCUCUAAAUUAAGAUCCAAGAAAAGCCUGGAGCUGUGGGCAGAGGAAGUGAGAAGAAAGGAAGCCGGAGAAGCCAGAGUAGACCCUGGGGUGGAGAGUAAAGGCUGAAAAUCUGGGUCACAGCUGAGGAAGACCUCAGACAUGGAGUCCAGGAUGUGGCCUGCGCUGCUGCUGUCCCACCUCCUCCCUCUCUGGCCACUGCUGUUGCUGCCCCUCCCACCGCCUGCUCAGGGCUCUUCCUCCUCCCCUCGAACCCCACCAGCCCCAGCCCGCCCCCCGUGUGCCCGGGGAGGCCCCUCAGCCCCACGUCACGUGUGCGUAUGGGAGCGGGCACCUCCACCAAGCCGAUCCCCCCGGGUCCCAAGAUCACGUCGGCAAGUCCUGCCUGGCACUGCACCCCCAGCCACCCCAUCAGGCUUUGAGGAGGGGCCACCCUCAUCCCAGUACCCCUGGGCUAUUGUGUGGGGUCCCACCGUGUCUCGAGAGGAUGGAGGGGACCCCAGCUCUGCCAAUCCUGGAUUUCUGGACUAUGGUUUUGCAGCCCCUCAUGGGCUCGCAACCCCACACCCCAACUCAGACUCCAUGCGGGGCGAUGGAGAUGGGCUUAUCCUUGGAGAGGCACCUGCCACCCUGCGGCCGUUCCUGUUUGGGGGCCGCGGGGAAGGUGUGGACCCCCAGCUCUAUGUCACAAUUACUAUCUCCAUCAUCAUUGUUCUCGUGGCCACUGGCAUCAUCUUCAAGUUCUGCUGGGACCGCAGCCAGAAGCGACGCAGACCCUCAGGGCAGCAAGGUGCCCUGAGGCAGGAGGAGAGCCAGCAGCCGCUGACAGACCUGUCCCCGGCCGGAGUCACUGUGCUGGGGGCCUUCGGGGACUCGCCUACCCCAACCCCUGACCAUGAGGAGCCCCGAGGGGGACCCCGGCCUGGGAUGCCCCACCCCAAGGGGGCUCCAGCCUUCCAGUUGAACCGGAUUCCCCUGGUGAAUCUGUGAUGCCCCCCAAUGUUGGGGUGCAGCCAAGCAGGAGGCCAAGGGGCCGGCACAGCCCCCAUCCCACUGAGGGUGGGGCAGCUGUGGGGAGCUGGGGCCACAGGGGCUCCUGGCUCCUACCCUUGCACACCACCCCGGAAGGCUCCCUGGCCCUAUGGGCAAUCCUAUCUGCUCGCCCUCCUGCAGGUGGGGGCCUCACAUAUUUGUGACUUUGGGUCCCUGUCCCCACCCUUGCGCACUCACAUGAAAGCCUUGCACAGUCACCUUCACCGUCACAGGCCAUUGCACACGCGCCUGCACCCUCUCCCAGUCCACACCGCUCCGCUCAGCUGACUCUCACGUUCUCCCUGUCGUCUCACAUUUGCACUCUCCUUCCCACAUUCCGUGCUCAGCUCAGCCACUCAGUAGUCAGUGUUUCCUGCACUUUACCUCUCAUGUGCAUUUCCCGGCCUGAUGUUGUGGUGUUGUGUGGCGUGCUCACUCUCUCCCUCAUGAACACCCACUCACCUCGUUUCCGCAGCCCCUGCAUGCGGCUCCCGAGGUGGGUGGGAGGUGAGCUGGGGGCUCCUCGUGCCCUCACCUGUCAUGGUCCUGUGCCAUUCCACACCAUGUAUUUCUGUCUCCAAGGGCGCCGGCAUCACCCUGAGGGCUCCCCCAUGGGAAUGGGGGUAGUGAGGCCCCAGACUUCACCCUUACCCCACUGCUAAAAUCUGUUUUCUGAGAUGGGUUUUGGGGAGUCACCUGCUGCACUACAUGAGAAAGGGACUCCCAUUUGCCCUUCCCUUUCUCCUCUAGUCCGUUUUGUCUUGUCUGUCCUGGCUGUCUGUGUGUGUGCCAUUCUCCGGACUUCAGAGCCCCCCUGAGCCAGUCCUCCCCAGCCUCCCUUCAGGCCUCUCUAACUCUACCUAGGCUGCCAGGGACCGGAGUCAGCUGGUUCAAGGCCAUCCGGAGCUCUGCCUCCAAAUCCACCCCUUCCCUUCCCAGACUCCCUCCUGUCCCCUCCUUUCCUCCCUUCUUCCUUCCACGCCUUCCUUUUGCCUCCCUGCCCUUUUCCCUCCUCAGGUUCUUCCCUACUUCUCACUGGCUUUUCCAUCUUCCUUCUUGCCCUCUUCCCUGGCUCCUAUGCUGUGAUAUAUAUUUUUGUAUUAUCUCUUUCUUCUUCUUGUGGUGAUCAUCUUGAAUUACUGUGGGAUGUAAGUUUCAAAAUUUUCAAAUAAAGCCUUUGCAAGAUA